AUGUCUUCGUUAUCGGAAUCUUCCGAGCCUUCGCGCUCCUCCGCCGCGGCCGUUGCGCGCUCCUCGUCUCCCGCGUCGACGCCGUCGCCCUCGUCGUCCAGUGUCACUACUGCUACCGGAGGAAGUGCGGUUCGUCGCCCGCCUCGCAAGAGCACCUUGACGCAGCAACAAAAGAACAAUAAGCGCCAGCGCGCCACGCAAGAUCAACUCGUCACCUUAGAGGUCGAAUUCAACAAAAACCCUACCCCGACCGCUGCCACCCGAGAGCGAAUCGCCAACGAUAUCAACAUGACCGAGCGCUCUGUACAGAUUUGGUUCCAGAAUCGCCGCGCGAAAAUUAAGAUGCUAGCCAAGAAGAGCAUUGAGACUGGCGAAGGCUGCGACAACAUUCCCGAGUCGAUGCGCCAUUACCUGGCCAUGCAAUUCGACCCCAGCAAACCCGGAGCUCGUGACCCCUUUGGCCGUGCCGCGGGUUAUGGUGGCCCAGGCAUUUAUGCCAGCGACGCCAAUUCAUCAGGCAAAGUCGUCAUCUCUCACUUCACAUGUCGUUCCCUGUCCAUCGGCAGCUGGAGGCGCAUUGGCCAAAACGCUAUGGAUCUCGUCAUCUUUUAUUCGCCCGACAAGGCCUGCAUGACAUAUUAUAUCAACAAUGACUCCGCAGGCUACAAGAUCGAGUACCCAUUCUCGGCCAUCAAAAACAUCACUCUCGAGACGGGCGACUCUGUGCCAGGGCCCAAUGGUGUCCCCCCUCGGCCCGGUGGCUUGGUGGUGGAGCUGAACAGGCCACCACUGUUCUUCAUGGACUCCUCCAAUUCCGGCGGCUUUUACCAAUGUGGUGACUUCACCGAGGAGCAACAAGCAAGUCAAAUCAUGGUCCACCAUCUGGGUGGACAUCCUAAGAUCUUGAGUGUGCAAUUAGCCAAAUUGGUCUCCCUCGAGUCAUUCCAGAAUCGUCUGGCUUACAACCAAUCCUUUGCUGUCCCCGCGGUCCCCGCGUCCAUGUCCCCGCCUUUCAUCCAACGGCCCGCUUCGCAGCCCAACCAAUUUGCCGCUGCUGCGUACUUGAACCUGUAUCAGGAUUCCAAUCAUCUCGGAUUCAACAUGCCUGCGGCCGCUCGUGGCCACAAGCGCCAGCGCAGCCGGUCGGUACCUGCUGCAGUCGACCUCUCUCUGUUGCAUGCUCCCAUGCCCUCUUAUCACAUGCCUCAGACCCCUGCCCCCUUCGAUCCUGCUGAGAAUCGCCUUUAUGCGCCAGUGCCGCAGUCGGCAUCGACAAUGCCCACGGAACUUCGCAUCAAGACCGAUACUUUUGGAGUGGACUUCCGUGCACACCCCUUGUCUGCUACUACUGCUGGAUCCCCCACCGAUUUCGCCAGCCCGUCUAUGUUUAGCACGGCUGCUCACGGGGGCGAAUCGACUCCGGUUCUUCCCAUGUCUGCGCAAUUCAACGUACCGCAUUUCGUCACUGGGCCGUCUGAUUCCCCAACCCUAGGCUCCCAUACGACUUCUCCAUACUCCAGUGUAAGCGGCGCUGAUCCCAUGAUUGCCAACCAUUCGCCGCCCAUGUCCAACAUGUCUCACGCAUCCUCUGACAUGUUUGGAUUCGCACACGAUCAGCAACCCGGUUUCGUCGAGGACGGAGUGUCGAUGCAUGAUUUCUACGGGAAGUCUCAAAUGAACUUUUCGUUGUCUCAUGACGUCUCCAGCUUUGAGCUGCCCAUUCACGGUUUGCCUGGUCAUGCCUCCCCAACCGUUGGCGACUUUUCGGGGAAUAUGCUCAAUCUCGACGAAAUCAACUCUCAUGGUCUCCCCACGGGCUCAUGA